ACAACCCACCCGUUGCGACGCGACUGGUUCGACUUGGAGCCGCCUCGCCGCCUCCGCUCUCUCCUCCAGCAUCUACAACUUCAAUCUCCAACAACUUCAUCCUCCUCCUCCCUGCCGUUAUUCCGCUCCUUUCCCUGGUCCCCCGAAAUUGACUCUCUCGCCCGAGCCGCAUCUACGCGAAUUUCUUGCCAUGCGUAGAGGGGCGCGCUUCGCCUUCUCCACCUUCAAAUGACUCCGUCAUCGUGGGACCGUGAUCCUGUUAUACCCGUCCUAACGUAAAACAAUAUUCAGGUCAUCCCCUCCGUGCACCAGCGCCGCCUACGAACGUUUCCGAAGUCGCCUUAACAGGCUUACACGGCGCCGAACCCCCCUUCGCGCGCGCGUUUUGUGAUGGAUGGGCUUGUGGUGGACUCGCCAGGCCACGACCUGGUGGGUCAGGAUGGCGUCCGCAUAAAAGAGGAGGCUGAUACUGAUCAGGUUGACGGCACGUUCCAGGGCAUAGACUGGGCUGCCCAGGAACAGCAAGAUGACGAUGACAUCAACCGGAUGUUUAACAACGAUGGAGGAAGAUUGCAGAUGCCCGAGAAUCUCGACAAGUUCGGCGAUAAAGAGAUCGAUCAGACCGACAAGGCCGCAGACGCCAUCGACUUCGAAGACAUCAGCGACGAUGACCUAGCCUCUGAUGAUGAAAUAUCUAGUCACGCCGCUGGCGCCGGCAUGUCGCAAAUCCCCGGCCUGACUGAAGACGAAGGCACUAGUCAUGACACCGAAUACAUGGACGACCUGUUUGGGGGUGAGCCCGAGGGCGAGAAUAACUACGUCACGUCCUCGCCCCCUGGUGGCGAUGCCGCAGUGGAACAGCCGACUACCCUCGCGAUGCCUGACAAGAAUCCUAUGACGAGGAGCCGAGAUGUGACGGAUGAAGCUUGGAAGAACAUGACGUUUGAGGAGAGGCAGAGGCUCAACUUUCCCCAAUACAACUCGUCGAUCGAUCGAUGGAUGAAUCAGAUGAGCAAGGAGGACGCUUCUGUACAGAAGGCUCCCGAAAAUGUGGAGGAGCUCUUGGCACAGAGGUUUCCAGGCUUUGCGGAGCACAAGACGCUGUAUUUCAACCAGCUGUUCCCCGAGUGGCCCGCCGAAUAUAUGUAUAAGGAACCCGCCAACAAAGACAGAGACCCCCCCGAGUUCGUACCCACCAAGCUCGAUCUAGAACUCGAGGCCGAUUCCUCCAAGCUAUUCAAGAUCCCCGAAAACGUCCUAGCCGCCCAGCGAGCUAGCUACGCUGACGAGGAUGACUGGAGCAACGCCGCUGGCGCACAAGUCUGUGACGCGACGGACGGCUUUUCGGACGAUUCGGAUACGGAAGACUCGCCCGUCGGAGGGUUCAGGCUAGAUGAGAUCGCCACAAUAUGCGACGACUGGGGCUCCGCCUCAUUUGUGCAGCCUCUUGCCGACGACGAGGAGAUGGACGAUUGGGACAGGGAAUUUUUGCAAAUGCGAAUUAAGAAGUCGCGGCCAAAAUUCAAGCCUGGACUUCCAGACAUCUCGUCGCUCGACACCUGGGGCGUCGGGAACUUCCGGAAAGAGACGCUGCUAUCGAGCAAGCGUGUUAGGCUCGACGUCGACGACCCGUAUCUCCUCAUUGAUAAUGGCGAAGAUGAAGCCGACGACGAUCAGUUGGAGCGGCCCUCCAAGCGCCCGAAGGUCGAAGAGAAGAUGAAGCGGAUGUCUAAUGGCCAGCUGAGGAGAGAUGUCAUGCACCACUUCAACUUAUCGAACGACGACGCAUAUGACGCCCUCAAGGCAAACCAUAAGAGCAAAGUCAGAGCUACCCUGUCCAACCUCUCAGUCGAGCACAGCAUGCCUGCUCUCAAGCUAGCCUUCCCCUUCUACCGGACGAAGGUCGAAGGCAAGCCUUGGGAACACCACCGCAAGAAGUUUGAGAUCGAGAAGGUCGCGAAACGUGUCGUCGGUAUCCGUAAACCCUCUAAAGUCAGGCGGAAGGAUACCAAAGGACGGAGUAACCAGGAAAUAUUCAGGACGACGAAAGAUCUCAGCUUGAAUGAUAACUCCACGGCAGUCCUCUUCGAGUACUGCGAACAGUUCCCGGUCAUGAUGUCGAACUUUGGUAUGGGCAGCCGCGUGAUCAACUACCAUCGCCGCAAGGAUCGAAAUGACGAGGACAAGAUCCCGAAACUCGACAUCGGCGAAGGCCACCCGCUGCUCCCCGAGGAUCGAUCACCCUUCUCGAUCUUCGGAACUGUGGAACCCGGCGAGACAGUCCCUACGCUACAUAACGAGAUGUACCGAGCGCCGAUUUUCAAGCACGAACCUCGGUCGAAUGACUUCCUCCUCGGCUAUACCACCAAUGCCACCGAAGGUCCAAGGUUUUACCUUCGCAAGAUUGAUCACGUGUAUACAGUCGGCCAAAUUUUCCCCUCGUUGGAGGUUCCCGGUCCCCACGCGAGGAAGGUAACCAAUACGUCGAAGAAUCGCCUCAAGAUGAUCGCGUAUCGUAUGAUGAAGAAGAAGGACUCGCAGGAUGUCGGCCUCAACGAGAUUACCCCCCAUGUGUUCGAGAAGCCAGAUCCCCAGAAUCGGCAGAAGAUGAAAGAAUUCCUCUUAUACGACAGGGAUAAGAAGACGUGGGUAUUGCCAGAGGGCCAGACGUUGAUGGACGAAUCGGUGAUACGCUCCAUGAUCAAGCCGGAGGAUGCCUGCCUGAUUGAGGCCAUGCAAGUCGGCCAGCAGCUAUUGGCAAAUGCGGGUUACGACCCUAAGGACAAGGACGAGGACGACGAAGGCGCUGAAGAACCCCUAGUUGCUAAGAUGGCCCCGUGGGAGCUCACGAAGAACUUCAUCGACGCCAGCGCAGGCAAAGCCAUGGUAGCUUUGCACGGCGAGGGCGAUCCUACCGGUCACGGACUAGGGUUCAGCUUCAUCAAGACUUCUAUGAAGGGAGGCUACAUCAACGCCGUCCAGGGCCCCCUAGCAACAUCGGCAGACGCGAUUGAACGCGAACGCAAGGCGAACGGUGGCCACUCGUAUAACGUCAAGAAACAGCAAGAUAUGUACAACACGGCCAUCCGCCAGAUCUGGGAGAGACAAAAGACCACGCUGAGCGAUCCCACCACUCACGACGACGCGGACGUCCUCGAUACAGCAAACGAGGACGACCGCUUUAAUUCACGACAACCCGACGCGACCCCCAUCCCAUUGGAUGAUGGCCGUAGCCAGUUCAGUCGCCUCAGCGCAGCCAGCCGCUCGGGCAGGAGAAAGCUCAAGAUCACUCGCAAGAAGAAGAAUGAGAACGGAGAGGUUACGACCGAGACCGUCGUUUUAGACGACCCCGUAGUCAUUAGAAACUACCUUAAGCAGCGUAGGGAAAUCGAAGAGAAGAACCGAGACGUCUACAGUCUACAGCCGACAGCGGACGCAGAUGAAAACCGCGAAAAGCAAAAACUUGUCGAUAGGGAACUUUCGCGCUUGUUGAAGAACCAAGAUCGGCGCCAAAUCCGCGAGAAGCAGGGCAAGAAUAAGAAGAAGAGCGCCCUCCCCCCCGACGCAUCACCGGAUCCGUCGUCUUCUGGCGAUAAGAUGUUAGCUGGCACGACUCGGAAAUGCGCGAAUUGCGGACAAGUAGGACAUAUCAAGACAAACAAGAGCAAAUGUCCUCUGCUGAACGGCACGAUCACGACCAGCAACAAUGCUGCUGACCACGGAGGAUUCGGUUCCUUUGGCGCCCCGUCAUCGGUCGCGCAGUCGUCGGCCACCGAGUGAAAGGGAGGAAGAAGAAGGGCGAGGUGCAACGACCGCCUACCUCCUCCCCUCCCCAGAUGGACGUCGCCCUAUUUUGCCGUGUCAUUUUCUAUCUUCUCUCAACAGAGUUGUUGUUGACGCGAGGCGCCACCCAUGUUGGGGCAGCAGCUCGGAGCUAAAGAGACGCUCCCCCCCCCCCCCCAAAAAAGAAAAUCAGACACGUGUGUCUCGCUAGGUGCCGUUUAGAUAUACUAAGAAGGGGGGGUACAGUUUGAUAGGGGGCGGCCCCUAAUUCGGAAAGCAUUUGCACGCCGGCGUUCAGACUCUCGGGUACGCAAGGGUAGGGAGGAGGUGGAGGUGAUGGUGGUGGUGGUGGAGGAGAAGGCAUGGUCUUGUGUCCGAUACCCUCUCCUCAUCCCCCCCUUCGCCUUUCCCUACAUAGGAGAAAUAGGAGAAAUACAAAGAUGGCUUGUUUCGCCAUCAUAAUUCAACCA